GGGAAGUGCAGACAGCUCCCAUCGAGUUUUUCGUAUAAUGCGUGAACCCCUUGGGAUGGCAACGCAUGCGGCUGUGAGCUUGCCUUGAGGUCUGGACGGACGACAUGGGUAGCCCAACCAUCCUUCAGCUGCUGCUCAUCGUCAACGCCAACAUUCACCUGAGUGGGUCAGCCAUCAGGGACCAGCUGCAAGACCAUCACAGACACAUGUCUUCCGAUCCAUCGUGGAAACAACGCCAGCGUACCGUCGAAACAUCCAACAUUCCCUCCAGCUUUAGAUUCACUACAUCGACAUCGAGUCCGAACAGACAGCAAGACAAGCGAUCGACAGAUAUAGAAAAUGAUAUAUCGAAUUAUACCGAGGUUUCAUCGAAUGGUUAUUACACCUUCCAAGACAGUAACGGAUUUCGCGGUGCGUACAGACCGUCUACAGAAAAGGCUGGGACCAGAACGAAAGAAGACGCUAAUCCGAUAAAAGAAUUCGUUUCGACCGUUUCUCCGUCUAAGAGAAAAUCCGAUGAAGCUCUCAGCUGGUCAGUCAGUCUGAAGAAAUUUCGCCAUGCUAAGCCGGCCACAGCUUCAAUGCCUCUUGGCCUAAGGCGGCGCCGUGAUCGUUUUCUUCGUAGCGUAAGAGAUGAAACAUCGUCUCCAGCAAGCCUCAUCACCUUCGAUUCCGUGUCGCAGACUCAGGCGCCUUCCCCGAUGGAACAGGUGUCAACAGAGAAGGCCUCAGUUCAGCCGCUGCGGAAUGUGCCACAAACUGGGAAGGAUUAUACGAAUAGUGUCUCUGGUGGGUCGGGCGAAGUGUUCCCCCGGCAGCAACCGCCGGUGCAGCCUGUGCACGCGGCUGAUGGGGACAUUACGGGGACCGGUUUACGCGCCGCAGAUCGCCCCAAGAGCCUCGUAAACGGCGACCGCACCGUCGGGGAUGUCUAUAGCGAAGGAAGCAGUGACCGUGGGAUGUCGACGUCUGCGCCCGACGACGAUAACGCAGCAAGAAUCAAAACUUCUCGCAUCAUCCAAGACGCCGGAGAUAACGUAAAAAGCACAAUCAUUACGUCGCGCCUAGCCAACCCCAUCCCUAAUAAGACUUUUGGCAGCACUAAUUAUACUGAUCUCAAGCAAGGCAAAGGAGAAUUCGACGAAUAUUUCCAAGUGAACACACCAUCUUUAUCAAAUGAAAAUUCGCUUACGCACGCGACGCCUGAGCAGAAAAAGGAAAACUUCAGUAAUGCGUCGAAUUACGAUAACCUCAAUGAAAUAGCAACGACUCCAAGUGAGGAUAUGGGUACACAAGGUACUCUAUCUGUCGAUACCACAUCCAGAACGACUCUUUCGAAUCUUUUGAGUGUCCAGUUCAGAGACGAUAGAUUAGGAAGUCUUCCAAGUAGGUCGACAUAUUUACGUCGAUUUAAUAACAAGGACAUAUCACUGUUCAGCCUUAUCGCAGAAUCUGCAGGUUCGAAGUUACAAAAGCCAGACUUGAAUGCCGUCGAGGUGACUGCAGAAAGUAGAGGAGGCAGUCAUAUUAACGAGAAAUACGUCAGCACUACCUCAAGAACAAAUGAAAGACCAACGAUUGACCGUAAGUUGGCGAAACAUCACCAGGUUACCGUUCAGCUGCCCAACAAGGUAUCGGAAGAAGUAACAGCAGCAACACCAGCAGCACUUACCGUACGUCCUAGCAUUGCUAUGAACGAACAUGUACCAAGUACACAAGAGUAUUUAUGGAAUGAAGGUAUGCAAAACGACGGUCCCGCAAUGGCAAUAACAGCAGCUACAGGUAACGGUGCGGUAACGGAAUCUCUAAGAACUGCGUUGAAGUCCAAGAAAGCAUUAUUGUACAAUAACGAGCGUUCCGUAGGAAGUAGUAGACUUACUGUCACGACACCAGUAACGCCAGUUUUAAGCGUGAUGCUAAAUAAAGAGGUGACAAGUACAGUCGAAAAGUGGUCUGUUACAUCAGUGUCUAGUACACGGGAACAUAUGUCGGUGAGUGUUCCACCACUUUUGCCCGAAGAGACUAACAGUAAAUACCAAACCACGGAGGAUGUUUACACCACUAGUUCGGCGGAUUUGUCAGUAAUCAGUGCGGAAACGGAGAAUGAGUUUGACUUAAAGCCAACGGAUGCUAAUCUGGAUGACGACUCGAACGAAACUUUAAUAGCGGCCGGCGGUAAUUCGAGCGCAGCGAAAUCGGGCGGGGGCGCGUCGGGGAACGACUCGGUGUCGGGGUGGCCGGUGAAGCUGUCGGCGGUGGUCGAGGGCGAGCUGGUGCUGGGCGGCCUGAUGAUGGUGCACGAGCGCUCCGACACGGUGACGUGCGGGCCCGUGAUGCCGCAGGGCGGCGUGCAGGCGCUCGAGACCAUGCUCUACACGCUGGACAGGAUCAACGCGCCGCCCUCGCUGCUGCCCAACGUCACCAUCGGCGCGCACAUACUCGACGACUGCGACAAGGACACGUACGGGCUGGAGAUGGCGGUCGACUUCAUCAAAGGUAGGUGCCCAGCUUGUACUUGA